UCACAUUUGACAUGUCACAAGGGUGGUAGGUGGAACAGGUUCAUCCCCUUCAUGGUUUAUAAUGUCGUGCUAUUAAAGUUCGUCACUCUUGAGUAGGUCGGAGGUCCUAGACCCUAGUUCACCAUUUUGGAAUGCUAAUGUGAUUCUGCAGAUCAAUAAUUGACAGUAGUUUAAUACAUCAAUUUUUAUUUUUUUCUUGGUCGUCUCUGGAUAUUGUAACGAGCUGGAAUUUCCCAAAGGAUUUUUAUUCGGGGCUGGCAGUAGCGCGUAUCAAGUAGAAGGAGCAUGGAACAUUUCUGGCAAGUCCGAGAGUAUCUGGGAUGAUUUGACGCAUCAUAGGAAACAUUUGAUGUUCAUACACACGUUUGUGCCGAAGAUAAACAAAAACAUUAACUUUCGUUUAUCCGAGCCGUCGACAGACGCCCUUUUUUUCGCCUCCAAGACCACCCCUAUCUUGGGCCAUCAACCCGUCGAGCCAACCUCCUCUUACAUGGAGACCAUAGAUAAGUACAUGCAACAGUGGCUGGAUGGUAAAUACACUGCGAUGGUUGGCGCUCCACCGUCUUCAAAUUUCAACCAACUAUUCAGUAUUAAUUACAACUUGACGGACUUUUCCUACGGCACGCAACCGUUGAUGGUUGAUCUGCCACACCGGCCGCCUAGGGUGGUGGACUACUACAAAGGGGUAGCCAUUUAUGAACCGCUACCCGACAAUUUGUUUCGUUUUGUGCUCAAACUUCCUUCCAUCAAUGAAAUUUCCACUUACGACUUGUACACUUUGCACACAGAGUCUCGCCCCGAUCUAAACACGGCUACUGGAGACGUAGCAUGCAAUUCGUAUUACAAGAUCGAUGAAGACGUUAAAUUGCUGAAGGAUCUCGGGGCAAAAGUUUAUAGAUUUUCAUUAAGUUGGCCAAGACUAUAUCCAAAGGGAAAUGCCCGAGAAUUUAAUGAAGAUGGUGUAAAUUAUUACAAUAGAUUAAUAAACACACUUAAAGAAAAUGGUAUUGAACCUUUUGUUACAAUACAUCAUUUUGAUUUACCAAGGACUCUGCAAAUGAUUGGUGGUUGGUCAAAUAAGGCCAUGAUAAUUUAUUUUAAAAUAUUUGCCGAUUUUGCCUUCAAAACUUUUGGUGACCGAGUUAAACUAUGGACAACAAUUAAUGAACCUUCUGUGGCGGUUGAAGGAUACAAGUCUGUGAAUGCUGCUCCAGCGUUUGGACAUCAUAUGAGUGGUGUAGCCGAUUAUUUAGCUAUACACAAUAUGAUCCUUGCCCAUGCUAAUGCAUAUGAUAUUUAUAAAAAACAAUACAAAUCUACCCAAAAUGGGAAAAUUAGUGUUAAUGUAGUUGGUGAUUGGUAUUUUCCGUUAAAUAAAGACAAACAAGAGGAUAAAGAUACUGCUGAAGCAGCAUUAAAGUUUCAAACUGGGAUGAUACUCCAUCCAUUGACCUAUGGUGAUUACCCAGAAGAAGUACGAUACAGAGUAUACAAUAAUAGUGAACGACUAAAUAUCUCUAAUUUGCGUUUACAAAACUUUACUGAUGAUGAAAAAAAAUUAAUUAAAGGUUCUUAUGAUUUUGUGUCAUUAAAUCAUUAUAUGUCCUUCGAAGUGACUGAUUUGCCUCCAAAUGAAAGAGAAGGAAAAAGUGUAAGUGAACUCGAUGCAAAUAUAAAAAGGAUGCUACUUAAAAGUGAUGAAGAACUUGAAAAUAAACCAUGGUGUAAAAAUACACCGGAAGGAAUGUCUUCGAUUCUAAAUUGGAUUGAUAAGACUUACAACCAUCCAGAAAUUUUUAUUUCUGAAAAUGGAUAUCCAGAACCAGAAGGAUUAAAUUUUUCUUCAAAGAAAUUGGAAUACCAUCACGAUCACCUAAACCACACACUUAUUGCAAUUAAAAAUUACAAUGUUAAGGUUAUCGGAUACUGUGUUUGGUCUUUAAUGGAUUCCAUGGAAUGGUUGAAUGGUUACAGGUUGAAAUACGGAAUUUACAAAGUCGACUUCGACAACGAUGACAGACCACGUACAAACAAGUCAUCAACCAAGUGGUUCAGCGAGGUAUUCAAAAAUGGAAAACUGGUUAAACCGUUCUUAACAAACGAAAAUUGUUGUUAAAAAAAAAUAAUGCUGAAAUAAUAUAUGUACAACUCUAAUUAAAUAACUAAUAUACAAUAAACGCUAUUUUAUUUAUUCCUUAUAUAUUACUCAAGUGAUAUAAUUAUUAAACUGCAGGUUCAAAUGAUUGAAU